AUGUUUAAUGCAGAUGAUAAGUGUAAAAUUCUUUGGGAAUGGUUUGAGAAUUUAUUCAUUCUAAGGUUAGCACUGGGAUACAGUGACAGUUUUGCUUUGCGCUCACGCUUUUCACGGGAUUUUAGAAUGAUGACUUCUUUGUCGAGUAAUGAUUUAGAUCUAAAGUGCUGGGAUACCGAAUUGGGUGAUUAUCAUCGUUUUUACAUCGAUAAUUUUGAGGAUCCGACAUCGCUUAGUUAUCGAAGCGAAACUUUACAGCAUAAUCAACCUGCGGAAGGGCAAUCGUCGUCUAAUAGUUUUAGUAAUGGGCAGUUUGAUCAAUCUUAUACUGAUGACGGCAAUCUACGAGCUUUUGAAUCAGUCUUUGAGGUAAGCAUUGGUGUAGAUAAAGAGUAG